AAAAGGCAUUUUAAUAAAAUGAAUUAAUCUGUAUGGAAAAGUUUUCGCAAAACCAGUCUUGAAAUUCUAAAGGUCACUUGGUUAUUAACUGUAAACACAUAACGUGAGAAAUUCGAAACGUUAUGAUUCCCAAAUUAUAGCCGCCGUUCGUUUGGACCAAGUGGAAGAGAUUUUAGUAUGAGAGUUUCUCUGGUUGUGGUUGUUUUUGUUUUUUUUUUUGUCAUAGUGUGUAUGUGCUAAAAUAGAAAUUUAUGUAUAGAAAAUUUUUGUGAAAUACACCUAAAAAUAAAUAGUCAACCAAGAAGUUAAAACCAGUCUUAUUAUCUUGGACAAGAAAAGAAGAGAGCAAAAACCCAUAGAGCCAUACCUGACGAGCUAUGAUUAAGGGGGAGAGACUGUGUCUAGUAACAUCAUCGGCUACAGAAAAAAAAACUCACAUAGCUCUCAGUACUGCUAUAAAGAGAGGAGUCUGCAGAAGCUGUAGUAGCAACAAUAACAACAACAGCAUAAGUACAACGCAUCUUAACAAAAAAGAAAAAAAAAACAACAACAAACCCACCAACCUUCGCAAAAUCUUACUUACAUCUUAACCAGUUGGCUGCGGCGGAGGUCUUUGCGUUGUACAACCAGCCAGUAGUCAGUCGGUCGGUUGGUCUCACUUUAAGUUUUGCACGAAGUUUGGUAGUAAAACUACGGUCACCAUCACCACAAGCAUCAGCAGGCAAUGAAAAAACCUAGACUCCACAACGAGAUCGCAGUUUGUGUUGCUGGUCCAUUACUUUAGUUACCCGCAUUUCGCACACUGCAAAAGAGCGUGGACCACGAACUCCCCCAACUCAAUGAAAAACUUGUAUCUCACGGAUGUCAUAAAAAAUACAACAAAAUUUAUUUAUGUGCCAUUCGCCAAGAGAAAACAAGCAAAAAAUCUCGUUUGUAAAAAAACCUCCAAAAAAAAGGAAUUCAUUAUAACAACGACGUUGUGUAGAAGUAUCGCUUAACGCAUCAAGCCAAGGAAGUAAUAAAAAAAGCUAAGAAAAGUAAAUGUCCAAAUAUAAACAACAUUAAGCGAGAGAAAAAGAAAGUUUUGCUAAACAGAAACAUCAUCGCUUUGAUUUUUUUUCCAUUUUUAAAAAAUAAAAAGAUUCAUAAUUUCCAAAACACGCAGAAAAUAAACAAAGCAGACUUUGUAACGACCUCAAAUAUCAUAACAACGGCGAUCGGGCAAUCGUCCAUAUCCAUUCACACACAAACAACAACGGCGGCUUCAACGAAUAAUAAUAAAACAGCAACAACAUAACAUUAAGACUUGUUUACGUUUUUUUGUUGUUGGUUGCUUCUCACCACACCACAAAACAUUCAUAUUCGGAAUAUUCUUGGUGUUUGCGUCUUCGUCUUUCUUCUCUUUUCAACCGGAUAACUUUCGGCUGUUUUUAUUGUGAAGGGUUUUUGGUCUGCAGUUUUGGUUUUUCAUCUGUGCCGGUUUGCCGUUUUAUUAACUUUGCCUCAAAGGCCAGAGAGUAAUAAAGAAAGGAGAGAGAGAGAGAGAGACAGAGAACACUUUAGAGAUACUUUUACUAGAUCGGCCAUAGUGGAGCACUACCAAAAUGGGCACAAAGAUCGAAUACGUGGACACAACGCAUCUGUAUGCGACCAAAUACAUCCGGAAUUCAAAAGCGAUUGCUGUUCUGUGGGCCAUAUUCACAAUAUGUUAUGCCAUCAUUGGUAUUGUGGCAUUUGUGACACCAGAAUGGAUCGGUGAUCCCGACAACGAAAGUGCUGGUCGCUUGGGUCUAUGGCAAAUGUGCCAAAAGGAUGAAAUCUUUGAUAAUUGUAAACGCAAGUGGGAGAACAUACUACAAGUGCCAACGUUUUCAUUUCAACUGGCAACAUUGUUCAUGGCAGCAGCAGUCGCUUUGGCCUUAUUGACGAUAUGUUUCUUAAUAUUUGUAAUAUUUAUGAAAUCCACACGAGUCUUUCACAUUUGCGGUUGGUUGCAAAUCAUAUCAGCCUUGUGUAUGAUUGUGGCCUGUGGUGCCUUUCCAUUCGGCUGGAAUUCGGAUGAUUUUCGCAAGGUCUGUGGUCCUGAUGCCAAUCGCUUUGAAUUGGGUCUUUGCGGCAUUCGAUGGGCAUAUCCUUUGGCCAUUAUCGGUUGCAUAGAUGGUGUUGUGCUGUCAACACUGGCCUUUAUAUUGGCCACCAGACAUGUGCGGCUGCAACCAGAUCCAAUGUAUCAAAAUUCUUUGUUUAAAGGUGAAAUCAACAACAGCUACAUCACAGACGGUGUAAGUUUAGCAGGUUCCAGAAAAAACCUCAACCUGCAGCCCAUCCUGCUGGUUGCUCCACCAGGAGAUGAUACCAUUUCGCAAUUUUCAAGUCGAACACCCAAUCAUCGAUACAAUCGACCGGAAUACCACAACUCAAUGCAUCAAUUCUAGUGUACAGCAGUAAAAGUGUUAGCAGAUUCAGAUUCAUUGUCUGACGACUUGUGUGUAAUAUUUGAGACAAACUAGAAUUAAGCCUUAUUUUGUGUAACUGCCGCUAUCUUGCUAAUUCAAAACAAACAAAAAAAAAAAGCUAUUGUAAAUCCCCUACAUUGAUGUGUGAUUUGACAGAGAUGUUUGUAUGUAAAGUACUUAUGUAAUAGAAUAUACAAUUUUCUGUGUGUUUAUGUAUUCUCUUGACUGUUAUUAAUUUAUAAACUAUUAUUAUGGAUGAAACAUGUCUAGUAGUUGUAGUAAAGCUGUAUGAUUUUUU